CUUUCUUUUAUGAUCCCUAAGAAAAAUCCCCAAAAUUUUCAACUUUCCUUGAGAAAAUCUAAAGAAAAAUGGAGACCGGCUUAAACGACACCGAAUCAUUACUUGCUCGCAUCAAACAAUUAGAACAUGAGCGUGAUGAAUUGCGUAAAGAUAUAGAACAAUUGUGUAUGCAACAAGCUGGACCAAGCUAUCUUGGUGUGGCUACUCGAAUGCAUUUCCAGAGGACAGCUGGAUUAGAGCAGGAGAUUGAGAAUUUGAGAAAGGAAUUAGCUGCUUGUACCCGGCAUAACCAAAAUCUUCAAGAGGAGCUUUCUGAAUCUUAUCGAAUUAAAACUCAGCUGGCCGAUCUACAUCGUGAGGAGGCUGCUAAGAAUCUGGAAGCUGAGAAGCAGGUUAAGUAUUUCCAAGGCUGUGUGGCUGCUGCUUUUGCUGAACGGGAUCGUUCGAUCUUGGAGGCUGAAAAGGCUAAGGAGAAGGAAGAGCUCAUGGCUCAGAAGUAUAAUGAGUUUCAGGCAAGGUUAGAAGAGCUUGCAUCGAAUUGUCUUGAACAGAGCAGAUGUAAUGAUGCACUGCAAAUCGAUCUUGCAAAGCAAAAAGAGGAAAAUGGAACUUUAAAGAAGGUUAUUGGCAAGUUUUACGAGAUCAGGCAAGAAACUCUUGGGGAAUUAGAGGAUUCUAGUUUGGAUGAUAAAUGUACAUGUCUCUUAAAUGAUCCUGCAGAAUUGUGGAGUUUCAACGAUUCUUCCACUGCUAAAUACAUUAGUUCAUUGGAAGCAGAGCUGGAAAGAGUAAGGAGAUCUGUUGAUGAUCUACGAAACAAAUUGCGAAUGGGUUUGGAGAUUGAAAAUCAUUUAAAGAAGAAAUUUCGUGAAUUGGAAAGAAAGAAAAUCACUUCAGGCAAAAUGAUUUUGAACAGGGUCACAGAAUUACGCCAUUAUCAUUCUGAGCAAAAAAUUCAAAUUAUGAAUUUACUUGAUAUGGAAAGAUCACAUAUCAAAAGAUCUGUUGAUGCAGUAGAAGAGAAAAUUAGGCAAGUUGAUCCAAGAGGGCAAAAUGUGCAUAGUGUUCUCAAGCCAGAUGAAGAUGAGCGUGUAGAUGUACAUACAAGUACUGAUGCUGAAGAAAAAAUUAGACAAUUUAAUCCAAGAGGGCAUCAUGUGCAAUGUUUUCUCAAACCAGAUGAAGAUGGGCGUGUAGUUGUACAUAUAAGUACUGAUGCUGAAUCCAAGUUGGUGUCUAAGGGGGUGGAUUUAAAUACUGCUGAGAAUAAGGGUGAUGCCUCAGAAGCCCUUUCACAGGCAUUGCAAGAAAAGAGGGAUUUGCUCGAUUCAAAUACUGCUGAGACUAAGCUUAAUGCCUCAGAAGCCCUUGCAAAGGCAUUGCAAGAAAAGAGGGGCAUGCUGGAUUUAAAUACUGCUGAGACUAAAGGUGACGCCUCAGAAGCCCUUGCACAGGCAUUGCAAGAAAAGGUAGCAGCACUGUUGCUUUUAUCGCAGCAGGAAGAAAGGCAUUUACUUGAGAAAAAUGUUAAUGCAGCUCUUCAGAAAAAGAUAGAUGAACUUCAUAGAAAUUUGCUUCAAGUUACAAAUGAAAAGGUGAAGGCUCUCCUUGAGUUGGCACAGUUCAAGCGGAGAUAUCAGUUAUUGCAACAGAAAAUCAGUAAUGAGAUGAAGCAAGGGAAUGUUUUGGCUGAAGUUGCUGACAGAAGGGUUGUUACAUAUGAAAAAGAUGGAAAACUAAAAAAUCUGCUAAAGAAAACAUAUCUGAAACGUUGGGUUGGUGCACUAGAUGCUGGGGAGAAUGAAGCUGAAUCUCCUCCAAAUAGCAUAGAUUUCGUUAGAUUGAGAAUCGAAAAUGCUACACUGAAGGAGAGCAUGGAAAGUAUAGACCUCCUGACUUCUACAGUUCAUAGAUUGCGUCUUUCACUUCUUAAGGUAAUGGAGCUGAUUAAUUCGAAAGAUUCAGAUACUAGUUCAUUAGAGACACUUGAUGAGAUCAUUACUGAGGCAAAACUUGUGAAGACCACCCUCGGCAGCUCCCUGCCCGUUACUUGGUCAGCUGAGGGAGAUGUUGAACCGAUUGGAGAAAGUAUAGACGGUGAGGCAAGUGAUAUGUUCGAGGAUUCCAGCAGUCAGAAAAUAUAUUCAGUUUCUGCUGCAGGGUUUGAGAUGCUGGAUCUGCUAACGCUUGCCGCUCAGAUAUUAAAGGAAACUCCCCGAACCUGCUCUUCAAGUACAUCCUGAUUUUAUCCUGAUCCGUGUUCUAGUCCUGAUUUCAGCUUCGACAUAUGCACAUGUGAUGCCAAGUUGUUUAUGUCGAACAGCAGCUCUGUAAAAUAGGAGAGGUUGAAGAAAACGAAGUAUCCGGUUUUCGGUUUCCGUUGCUGCAGGCGUUUCCGGUUUUCGGGAUUCCAUGUCCAAGUGUAAAAGGGAUGUUGGGCUGUCUCCCCAGACUACACAAUACAUUGAUAUGUUCGCUGUGU